AUGGCGAAACGCGUCGUCUGCGUCGUCGGCGGCGCCGCGUGCCUCGCCGCGCUCCUCGCGAACGCGUCCGCGACGCUGAAACUCGCGCUCGCGGGCUUGGAGGGCGGCGGGUGGGUCGCGUACGCGCUCGCGCCGUUGGCGUUUCUCGCGACGUUCCUCUUUUACCUCGCCCCCGCGGCGUUAUUACCGGGCGCGAUAUCGCGCGCGUGGCGAGGCGAGGGGUUCGAUAAACCUCGCUUGAAAGACGAGGACGAGACGGCCGCGAUGCUGCUUUCGCUCACGAAGGGUUCGGGCACGGGUUCGAGCACGGAUUCGAGCACGGAUUCGAACGCCGCCGCGCGGUCGGUCGCCGCCGCGAAAGAGGCGGACGAGAAGCGGAAGAAGAACGCGUGGACGGCGAUCGGAUUCGUCGCAAUGGCGGCGUCGAUCGCGUCCGGCAGCGACGUCCCGAUCUUCGCGUGCUUCUUCGCGCAGCUCUUCUUGAAAGACCCGACGAAGUUGAUGCAGGUGAUGAUAGACAAGGGGGACCCGAGCCGCGCGGAGAUGGACGAGAAGCUCGCGGCGAGUGUGGGGGGGGUAUUAGGAGGAUGGGGAGGAGGGCGCCGGCGGGAGAAGGAGAAGGAGAAGGGCGACGGCGACGGCGCGGCGGCGGCGUCGUCGUAG